AGCAGCAGCAGCUCAUCGCAACAACAGUCGCACUCAUUCAUUGAACACGUUCAGUUGUUGAACGCUCGGUUGCUCGGUUGAUACCCACCGGAUUUGAGGUACCCGCGUGCAUUGUCAGUACGCAUGUGUUUUUGCGUGUAUGUGUGGAAAUUCAUGCGUCAAAUGCAUAGAAUAAGUAUUUUUUAAACGGUUGUGCGCGACAGUAAACAAAAAACACAAAAAUUUCGGUUGAAUAGUUAAAAAACUCAGUGCAACCGGAUUUUCGGCAGUGAUUUAUUUUGGUACAGUUUAAUUGUGCAACACACGCACAUCCGCAUUGCAACAACUCAAGGUUUUAGUGGCGGGAAAGUGCUUCACAGCGUGCGUUACAAAGCCUGCAGCUGCUUUGAAAGAGAAUAUCAAAGGAAAAGAUUUUCCACGUAAACACACACACAACUAGAAAUAUUUUAUACUCACAUACACACAUCAACACCAUAAAUCAAAGUAUAAACAACCAACAAAGCAAUACCAGCUAAACACCUCCGGCUGCGCAUAUUCCAUUUGUUUAGCCAAAGCCAAUUAACGACUUGAUUGUCGAAAUAAUUACACACACAAAUCAUAUACAAACAUGGAGACUGAAUCGCUUAAUCGGAAAAAUUCCUCACGGAAAAGUUCGGUAAUCAAUGGCAAUGGCGAUGCGCCGGCCAAGGUGACGACGGAGGGUGAGGGUGGCGGCGAAGGCGGUGGUGGUGGUGAGGUGACUUUAAAGGCGAAAAUGAGUUUGAUCAAUGGCUGCACUGUGAUCGUGGGCUCCAUCAUCGGCUCCGGCAUCUUCGUGUCGCCCACCGGCGUACUACGCUACACCGGAAGCGUGAAUUUGUCGCUGAUCGUUUGGAUUAUUUCCGGCCUCUUUUCUAUGGUCGGCGCCUACUGCUACGCCGAAUUGGGCACAAUGAUCACCAAGUCUGGUGCAGAUUAUGCCUAUAUCAUGGAGACAUUCGGUCCCUUCAUGGCCUUCAUACGUCUGUGGAUCGAGUGUAUGAUUGUGCGCCCCUGCUCACAGGCAAUUGUGGCGCUCACCUUCAGUGUCUACGUGAUGAAGCCGUUCUUUCCGGAUUGUCAGCCACCAGAUGAUUCGGCGCGCAUGUUGGCCGUCUGCUGCAUAUUGGUGCUAACUUUCGUCAACUGCUGGGACGUUAAAUGGGCCACCGCUGUGCAGGACAUCUUCACAUAUGCCAAGCUAUUGGCGCUCUUCAUCAUCAUCGCCACCGGCGUCUAUCAACUGUACUUGGGCAAAUUGGAAUAUUUUACAUUCGAGAAUACGGACACGAAAGUCACAUCGCUAGCGCUGUCCUUCUAUUCCGGACUGUUUGCUUACAAUGGCUGGAAUUACUUGAACUUUAUUAUUGAGGAACUGAAGGAUCCAGUAAAGAAUUUGCCACGCGCCAUCGCCAUUUCCUGUACGCUGGUCACAAUUGUCUAUGUAAUGGCCAACGUUUCCUUCUACACCAUUCUCUCACCAGAAGAGGUGUUGGGCUCAGCCGCUGUGGCGGUGACCUACGCGGAGCGCGCAUUCGGCAUGUUUGCGUGGACUGUACCAGUUUUCGUUGCGUUGUCCACCUUCGGCGCUGUCAAUGGUAUUUUACUCACCUCUUCGCGCCUUUUCUACGCUGGCGCCAAUGAGGGUCAAAUGCCGGAAAUCUUAACCAUGAUUCAAAUACAACGAUUCACGCCCACACCCGCUGUGCUGAUAAUGGCGCUGUUGUCGAUGUUAUACCUUACCGUGUCCGAUAUUUUUGCGCUCAUCAAUUAUGUGGGCUUUGCCACUUGGCUGAGCAUAGGCGUCUCUGUACUCUGUCUGCCCUGGUUGCGUUAUGCUCAACCCAAUUUGCCACGCCCCAUACGCGUACCGCUCGUUUUUCCCGUUAUUUAUCUACUCGCCACCAUUUUCGUUACCGUUGUGCCCAUGUACGCUAGCCCUGUGGAAACCGGUUAUGGCAUCCUAAUGAUCUUGAGCAGCAUACCGGUAUAUUUGGUGUUUAUUGCGUGGAAGAACAAACCGAUUUGGUUCCAGAAAACAAUGGGUGGAUUCACACAAGGACUGCAAAAAAUGUUGAUGGUUGUACGACCAAAAGCUUCCGCUUCAAAGUAAGCCUCACACGAUUCCUACAGAAGACGCUAAUGGUAGUCGGCAAAAGUAAACCAGCUCAGGUGUAAAUGUCAUAACCAUGGAAAUUCAUAACGCUACAUACACACACACAUAUAUGUAUUGAAUAUAUACUAUAUAUAUAUACAUAUACAUAAAGCGUACCACCGCGUACGAUUUCUCACAAGGCAUUUAAGAAUUUAUAUGAUAUAGGCUCCCAUAGUAGUGAUUAUGUACUAAAUGAAUAUUAUAAUUUUAAAAUGAAAUGAUGCAAAGAAAAACAGAACUAAAUAUUGAAAGGCUUUUGUGAAAUUAAGCGCCGUUAUACAAUAAAUUUAAGUAUGAUUAGUUUUAAAUGGCUAAAAGAUAUUAAAAAAAAACUGUUUGACAAGGCUAAAUAUGCAUAAACUGUUAAUUGAACUUUUGGGGGGACAACCAACAAAAACAAAACCAGUGUAUUUUGAGUAAAAAAGAUAUAAAAAAAUAUUAAUAAAAAGUAAAAAAUAGUCAUGAUAAAAGUGUUCGCGUGUAUUUUUUUUGUAAUUUAAUUUUGUCAGUGAUUACUUAGUGAAAGCUUUUAAGCUCGAAAACCCGAAAUAUUAUUUCUAAAGUAAAUUUUUAAUAUGCUGUGAAUACAUUGUAAACAGAUUAAAUAUACCAGUGCUUCAUGCUGCAUGCUUACUAUUUUUUUUAAGAGCUUUUUUAGAGCAGACCCACUAAACAUUAAGUUUCUUAUAUUAAUAAAAGGUGAGGAAUUUUGCGCAUUUUGAAUAAUGUAUUAAGGUUUCAAAUAUGCAUCCCCAAAAUGCUUUGAGCCCUCAAGUUUCAGACGUUCCAGUUCCGCAAGUUCUUUUCUAAAGCUUUUAAAGUGAAAAUUUCGAGAUUUUUUUGAUGGGGAACGAUAAAAGUUUAAAUAUUUUAGGUAUCUAGGAACAUAUAUUGCACUAAGUUGUGCAUAUGACUAAUAAAGGAAAGCAAUUUAGAGAUUGAUUAAUCUUGAAGAGCUUUUAGAUUUAUAUGUAUAAAAUGCAUUUGCUUUAAUUUAAGUUAAGCUUUUUUAAACAUUUAUUGCAUUUCAAAUACUCCACUUUUCAAAGCAAAAUUUAAAUUGUAAAAAAAAAUAAUUGAUAGAUUUUUGUAAUAAAUAAAAAAAUAUGUUUGUGCAAAAUAAUUUGAUUAAUUUUAACACUUUGUUUUAUUUUUUUUUCAAUUUGUGCAACGAAUUGGAAAUAGAAUUGAAUAUUGUCCGGUUUCACUAAUUAAUUACAAAGUAUAAAAAAUUAUGGUCUGAAGUUUAUUUAAAAAGUUUUAUUAAAAAAAAUCCGUUCAAAUUGUAUAUUUUUUAUAAAAAAACAUUUGCUCAAAUAUGGAUUAAUAAUUUUUAAAAAUCUUAAUACAUUUAUGAAAAAAUUGUUCUACGAAAUUUACGCACAUGAAAUAAAAAUUUCGCAUCUCGAGUUUUUGUUUAAAUUUUUUUUUUAUUUAUAAAAUAAAUUUUUAUUUUUUCAAAAUUUCUUUAACUUUUAUUAACAAAAAACAUAACAUAACUUUUUUAUAUUUAUCUUUCAAAAAUAUUCAAAAUUCAAAAUCUUUAAAAAAAAUAUAUUAGUAUUUAAAUAUGAAAAUAAUGUACAAAAAUGUUGCUCUAAUUAAAUUAAAAUUUCGAUCAAUUAUCUUAUUAAAAAUCGAAAAAUGUUGAAAGAAUUUUAAUUUUGUCAUAUUUUUUCAAAAAAGCGUAUAAUUAUUAAUAAAAAAAUUUUAUUUAUAUUUUUUAACUAUUUUCAAACAAUUGCUUUUUAUUAAAAAAAAUAAUUUAAAUGUUUUACAAGUAAUUAUACUAUUUGUGCAAAAUAAAUCAAUUAUAGUUUAAUACUUUUUUUAAAUAAAAAUAUUAAAAAAUAACAUUUUUUUAUAAUUCUCCAUUAAUUAAUUUUUUCUUCAAAACUAAAAUAUUUUGUGGGAAUAAUAAUUGAUUUUUUAACAACUGUAAACAUGGAAUUCUGCUUUGCUUACUCCUGACUGCCAAUAAUAAGACAACAACAACAAAAGGCAGCUAAAAUUCCAAACCAAAAUCCCGCAAAAGUUUUCUUUGAGGGAAUUAUAAAUUUUCUGAAAUAUAUUUGUGUCUAAAUACAUAUAUACUCAUUUAUAUACUAGCAUAUAUAUAUAAAGCAUAUCUACUAUAGAAAAUUUUGUAGAAACAACAACAUUAAAUUAAAAGAAAAAGAAAAAAACCCAACACUACUGACUACCUGAGUGCUCGAAUAAAAUAUUAAAAUCCUCUUAGAGUCUUAUUAUCAAUGUUUUCCAUUUGUUUCUGAGGUGUAAACUAAGCUAUAACCGUUAUUUGUUCUAUGUUCCGUUGACUGCUUGAGAUAGUGUUUAAAAAGGACUAAAAUGUUUGCAUUAUUGAAUAAACAACAGAAAGUAUAUUACAAAAAAAGAAUAAAAAUUUAAAUUUUAAAUGUAUUCAUAGGUGACACUAUGUAACUAAAUAAAUAUAUAACUGUAUAUGUUUGUAUUUGAAAAAGCGAAAACUACCAAACGCUAAAAAUGUAUUGGGAAAACAAUUGUUGACAAUAAUAUUAUCAUUAUAAUUACAUAAUGUAUAUUAAUGUAUGUAUGUUUUUUAUGUAUACAAAAUUAUUCACUAUUUAGUCAUUGCAUAUUUGGAAUUUAAUAAAGUGGCUGCAUACACUGUGAAAAAUGGAAUGCGAACAAUUAACUUGCUAAACUGAUUUACUGCACACACAUAUACAUACAAACAACUAAUUGUACACAUUUACAUACAUAUAUAUAUAUAUAUAUAUAUAAAUAUAUAUUAACAUUAACAUUAAAGAAAACUACAUUUUAUUAAAGCAUUGUAUUAAUAGCUGUUAGAAUUCAAUUAAAUUAAACGUAAUUUUUUGCAGUGUAAAAUAGAAAAUGUAAAACAAAAGAAAUGUGCACAAAUUAAUUUCAUUCGCUUACAGCCAGGUGUAAUGGAAUUGAUUUGCCCAAUACAUACUAAUUACAAAUGAGAGAAAAAUAAAAAUAAAUAAAUACAUACAUAAAUACAUAAAUACAUGCCAGCAAAGCAAUGAAGAAGACAGCGAAA